AUGCAGCUCAACUUCGCUCCUGCCGUCGCUCUUCUGGCUGCUGUCAGCCCGGCCUUGGCCAGCAGCCCUCUUGUGCCUCAACUCCAGCAGCUCACUCAGGGCAUCUCCAACACCCGUGAAAUCUUCAAUGAUCUGAAGAUUUACACCACCCCCAGGCAGGGACCGAACGGAAUUACCACCUACAAAAACGAGAUCAUUAAAGCCAAGGAGAGCUAUAUUGAGAAUACCCCCUCGAUGGUUGAGGAAGCAGACCAGGCUUCCGUUUGCGAGAACUUUGUCAAUUUUGUCACUGUCUCGCAGGAUCUCAUGAAUACUCUUAUUGAGAAGCACGCUUUGUUUGGCGCGACUACUUUGAGUGCCCCUGUCUCUCAUCUCAUACGUAUGGACGAGUAUUAUACUGAUACAUUCGUCUACAACAUUGAAGGUCUGGUGCCGAGCUGCGCGAGCCAAAUCGCUGAUUCAAAGAAGAAGCUCCUGGAGGCCUACGAGUUGGCCACGGAUGCGUACAUGUAA